AUGAGCGUUCAGACGAGUACCCAAUCGACUGCUUUGCCUAUAAUGGUCAUUGGCGAGCUUGUUGAAUUCAAGCCCAGAGACGUGCUAAGUGAUAUCUUAUCAGUAAAGAACCAGCAAUUCAUUCAAGCCAAUAUCCCUCCGGGUGGAACGGCAAUAAUCGAGACGGAUACUUAUUUCGAUGUGCCUCAUCGAAUUCUAUUCGACUAUUUGGAAUUCAACGACGGUCAAACACUGUCGAUUUGCUGUUUGAGGCCAUUUUUCGAGCCGUACGAACUGUUCUGUCCGUUUAUAAGUGAAUCACGAUCGUCGCCAAUUAUGUGGCGUACACAACGAGUUACAUGUCCCGUUGGCACUAUUAAAAUAAUGUUUAUAUGCGAGAAUUUCGGUCGUCAGGCAGGAUCGUGCUCCAUUGAUAAUGUGCGAUUGCAUAAGUCGAACGAUAUUCUCGAUUUAGAACCGUGUCAGAAGGAUCUGUUACGGUCGCUUUAA